AUGAUUAUACAAACUCUCAUCAAAGCCACUAUUCUCGCCGCCACAGCGUCGGCGGCCAACAUUCCCAUGAAAAGAGACGCUGCUGACAGCUUCCGCUUGUGGGCAAACACGACCUACCCUGAUCUCCCGCCAGACUUUGGCCCGAACGUCCAGGGCUAUGAGCUCAGCUACAACCCAAACGCCGACUGUCAGGCUGACGUGACCCUCGUCCCUGCGGGUCAAGGAUCGGUCUUCCGCAGCGACGGCGACACUGUUGGCGUCACCCACUUCAGUGACGAAUCCUCUCCUUCCGCAAGCUUGAUCAUCAUCCCUGGAGGUACGUCUACAGUACCGGAUGGUAGACCGAUCAAACUGAAGUGCGCGCCCGGUACUCCGGGGGUUUUGGUGACGGAAAAGGGACUGGAUUAUCCAAAGGAAACCGGCUCGAACGGUGGAUUUAUGGCGUGCAAAGAGGACGGUGGCCUGCAGUUGGCCUUCUUCAGACAGGGUCAGAGGCCUCUUUACGGUUGUACUGUGGUCCAGCUUCUCCCGAAAUACUAG